CGUUACCAAAUUCAAACGCCGCUUGAUUUGAAAAGUACCUCUAUUUCUCCUUUAUCUAGGAGUACGAUGCGUGAUCAUGAUGUCGUCACUAGGCAGUCGAGCAUUCCGCCAACUCCGUCCAACUUAGAAACGGGCAGUGGAGCUGGCCAGCGAGUCAGCGAUUGGUCAUGUCCACGGAGAGGCUAGACGUUCUCCGUCUCUGCGAAUCAAUCGUUCCCGAACAGUCGCCUGCUCAUCAGCCUAUGUUGUUUCGCCUUCAGCAAACCCUAGUCGCAUACUCCGGAUGACUCCUCCUUCGGAAGCAUGGAGAGAAGCCUUUGAAUUUGGAAAUUUCUUCGAAUUCAGAUACAAUUGUAUAUUACCUUUUGUCUAAAUCUGUACAAUUCCAAAUUCUCGUGCUCCCAAACAAAGAGUUGAGGCUAUUGGAGGUGAAGAUUUCCGUCAGUCAGAAACCAUACUCUCUGAGCUCGUUGACUUCCUUCAUUCAAUCUCUGAUGCAGUUAUAUCAGAUCCAUGCAACGGGGAAUCAAAGAAUAAUGCGCAUGAAGUUCUCGUAGAGAUUUAUCGGCACCUUUGUUCUCCAUCGCUGGACCAGAAUAUUCUUGAUGGGUUAUCAUUUGAGUUGCCAAAGGCUGUUGCCAAAUUUGCGGGGGUGGAUUGUUCUUGCAUGAAGAUAGUUGACAGUAUUAUCGAUCGGUUUAUUGAGUAUUGUAGUCCACGUGACAUGCUUUCGAUUCUUUGUGAGGCAUUGGACUCCCCCAACAAAACACUUGAGGUUCGGGUUCCCAGUUAUUUUACUCCUAUCUUGAAGGGACUCUCCAAAGUAUUUCUCUCCAUUCAGAGACGCCCCUUUGAGCAAGUAAAAGUAGCAGUUCCCGUCAUACUUAAUGGUUUAAGGGCUGUCUCUUCAGAGUCCUUUGGUGGAGAUGCAGAUACUGAGGAUUUGUUUGACAGAGCAAUAGGCAUUGCCAAUUCUAUACAAGCUAUUUGCUUAAAGUUGGAGGGGAAACUAAAUGAAAAACUCCGUGCUUUACUUGGUCUAUAUGUCUUGCAAAUAAUGGCUUUGCUCUCAUUUAGCAUAAGAGAUGAAGUUUCAAUCUGGCUUCCCCUGGUGUCACAGCUGUCACAUUUUUUUCCAUACUGUAGUUUAUCAUAUCUUGGUUUUAUAACUGGGAGUGAUGUUGACAAGCUUAUUAGCAUUGUUCUUGGAGAGGAUGAAGAUGAUUAUAUGAGUUGCUUUUCUCAUGUCAAGCAUGGGGCAGCUCUAGCAGUGGUUUGGGGCCAUAUUGCUGGUGAGGUGGCUGAGGCUGCUGAGGAGAAUUUGGCAUUGGUUAAAGACGAACUUAGAUGUAACCAGACUAAAAGGUGGGAAGCCGUAGGCAUGUUAAAGCAUGUGCUAGCUUCUUUCAAUCUUCCAUGGGAAUUAAAGAAACAUGCUAUUAACUUCCUACUUGGCAUUGUGGAUGGAAAUAUCUCCCAAAUUGACAAUCAUACAGAUUGUUCAUCUUAUAUGCCUAGUAUUUUUGCUGGUCUGGAGGCUGUUGAAAUGGUCAUUAUGUACUCACCAGAAGCAGAAUUAAGGAAGAAUGCUUUUGUUGCAUUGAAAAGGGUACUCGCUGAUAUUCCAUCAUGUCCAAAGUUUGACAUUUUAAAAGCUUUGAUCACAAACAGUGAUUCUUCGUCCAUGAUUGCAAUCCUUGUGGAUUGUGUUAAAGAGGAGUUGCGGAGUUGCCAGAGAAUUUUGAUGGGGGAUAAUGAUCACCUGCUAGAAGAAAAUAAAGCCUUCCAGACUCGAGGGUUUUGGAGUACUGAUGUCCUUGAAUUGGUGGAGUUGGUUUUGAGGCCUCCAAAGGGAGGGCCUCCUUCCCUUCCGCAGCAGAGUGAUGGGGUUCUAUCUGCCCUCAAUCUAUACAGAUUUGUAUUGAUAACAGAGUCAUCAGGAAGAACCAACUAUACUGGGGUUCUGUCUAAGAACAAUUUACACAAGGCCUACAAUGAAUGGCUUUUACCUCUCCGGACUUUGGUGACAGGAAUUGUGGCAGAAAACCGGCAGGAUUUUGAUCAAAUUGCAAGUGACCCAGUAUGUGGUCUGAACCCAGUUGAGAUUGUUUUGUACCGCUGUAUUGAACUUGUUGAAGAAAAGCUUAAAUGUUCUACAUGACUUGUCGGGGUGUGACAGUUGAUGUUGUAGAUUUGUUUUCUAGGAAAAUCCCGUAUUAGUGUAGGCUUGAAGGGGUGGACAAGACAGGCAUAAUGCAUAGCCAAGAUGUGGAGUUCUUUAUUUUUCGAGUUUCAAGUUAUAGAUUCUGUGCAAAUUUAACUUAAAAAUACUUUUAAAUGAAGACAGAUAUGAUAAUUUUCGGUAAA